GGAAAGCGCUCAAAGUAGGCAGUCAAAGGCUUCCCGUUUGAAAAUCAAUUGGUACAGGCUGUGGCACUUCAGGAAUGAAGUCCUUGAUUCUACGAAAUUCAUCAUACCAUGUGGCCUGAGAUGAACUCAAUUCUUGCGUAAGGUCCCCUUUACAAUUGAUGCAAGAUGGCAGCUAGUGUGGAAGCAACGCGCUGACCUUCAGCCUGGACCGUGGAGACAGCUCCAAUUUUCAACCCAUUGAACAGCGUUGUUAUAAAUGGACAACAGCGCUUUUACUGCUCGGGUUCUUAACAGGACGACCGGGCCACCUUGCAGUAACAUCGUAACUUUCUGCGUCGAGUCCCAUCCUGGCGUCACCUAUUGUGCAUACGCCGUGUCAGAUGGCGCAAUCAUCGUGCAACAGAGCCUCAAGCCCGCGCAGCACCACCACGGGGCCUCCAAGGCAGCAGCAACAGGAGCUGCAGCAGCAGCCGCUGCUGCUGCGCCAGCCUCCUUCUCGGGCCCCGCAGCCUUGGCGGGUGGCUCCGGUCACUUUGCCCCGGUGCUGCUGAUUGCUGGGAUGACAUGCGACCAUGGGGCCGACUGCUUCGGGCGCAUCUGCUGGGGCGGCGGGCCCGAGGCGCUGCUGGCCGCGGCCACCAAGCAGCACGUGUACCUGUUCUCGUUGCUGCCGUUCUUCAAGGGCCCUGCCACGCAGCUGCCGCGCCACGUGACGCCCUCCCUGCCGCUGCCCAGCACUGCCUGCGUGCUGAGCGGCCUCUACCGCACCACCAUGCCCGCCCUAGCCAUAGACUUCACGCAGGACGUUCGUGGGCUGCUGCUCACGGAUUCGGGUAACUAUGUUACCAUGCUUCAAUUGGUUCCCAAGGAAUCCCUUUCGCAGCCCUUUGGGUACGGCAGUGGCGGCGCUGGAAGCAGCAGGUCAUCUGCUGCAUCGACGGCGGCGGCGGAGCAGCAUGCGGGGGCAGCAAAACUGCCGUUAGCGCAGCGGCAGCACCCGGUGUUGUUCGCCGUGCACGAGGCAUGGAGGGUACGUGCGGAUGCGGCGCAUACGCUAGCGGCAGCAAGCCUUGGGUGCUAUAGCCCAUGUGCUACUACUACUGCCGCUGCGGGCGCCAGCGGCGGCAACAGCGGAAGCGGAGGGCCCCAAAAGGUUACGAUUUGGUGGCCUGCCAAGCCCGAAGCGCA